CAUUCGAGACAUUCAGCAGCUACUUGCAUGAUGACGAACAGGAGCAACGACGCUACAUCAGUGCAAAGUGAGUACGUGCGUGUGUCUAAAUCCCUCAAUCCAAAAGAGGAAGAAUAUGUUAAACGGAGACAAGCGGUGGUGGAAAAAUAUCUGAAAGACAAAGGAACUGAAUAUAAACAGGAACAUGUCCCUGUCAUUGCUGUCCUGGGCUCAGGAGGAGGUGAAAGGGCCAUGGUGGGACUGCUGGGCGCUUUGGCUCAGAUGGAAGAGGAGAAACUGCUGGACAGCAUCACCUAUCUGUGUGGCGUGUCAGGGUCCACCUGGUGCAUGGCAUCACUGUAUGAGGACCCCAAAUGGUCUGUAAAUGUCGCUGCUGACAAGAAAAAAAUUGUGGACAGACUCUCAGAUGGAAAAUUCAGUAUAUCAGACAUGCUGGACUGGCUAAGUGUAGCUGUGGAAGAUGAGAAUUAUUCACUGACUGAUUUUUGGGCUGCGACUGUUGUCUUCAACUCCAUAAAAGAGAUAAAUGGACAGCAUCUCUCAGAACAGGAAGCCAGAGACUCAACCAACCCCUAUCCCAUCUACACAGCCAUCGACAAGGGACUGAAACAAGACAAUCAGACAGCACCCUGCUGGUUUGAGAUCAGUCCUCAUGAAGCUGGUUAUUCCCAUGUGGGGGCCUAUGUGGACACAUCCCUCUUCGGAAGCCAGUUUGAGAACGGAAAGCCCAAGACGCUCCCCAAGGAGGAAGACAUGUUGUACCUACAAGGACUCUGUGGCAGUGCUCUUGCAGAUGGGAUGGAAGACACAAAGCAAAUAUUACAGUGGAUUUGGGACUGGAUUCGUAAGCUGCUUGGGUUCUACAGCUCAGUGAAUGAGUCUAAAAAUUCAGGAAAACUUGCUCUCAGUGAGGACUCUGCAUACCAAGUGCUGCAGUGUCUCGUGCGGCUACACGACUCUUAUGAAAAUAACGAUGAAAGCGUCGCUCUGCUGGAUAAAAUUAUGAAAUUACAACAAGAAAGCAACACAAACUAUCCAAGAGUUCAUGUUCUGCAGAAAAAUGUGUGGCUGAACAUGAAUACAGAGGAGAAACAGAAAUAUGUUGCACAUCUUUCCAUUGAAAUCUGCAAGGCCCUUGAGGGAUUGUUUGGUCCUUUAGAAGGAAGUUUUUUCGCAGUUGUGAAAAUAUUGGGGAAAACUAUCAUAGCUGCUUACAACUGGACCUGGGGCACCAAAUUCAACUUCCUGUACAAGUACCCAGCAAAAGAGGUAGAGCACAUCCCGGCUGCUCUGCUGUCAGAUGAGAAGAGGAACCUGGAAGAUGCAGGAAUCCUGUUGAACUCUCCCUACGUGGCUGCGUUACGGCCGGAGAGGAAGGUGGACCUCAUUCUCUCCUUCGACUUCAGCAGUGACGAUCCCUUCCUGACAGUGAAGAAAGCUGCAGAUUACUGUAAAGAGGCUGGAAUACCAUUCCCCUCCUUGGUCAUAGAACCAGGAGAGGAAAAGAACCCUAAAGACUUCUAUGUGUUCAAAGAUGAAACAAAAGCACCCAUCGUCAUCCACAUUCCGCUCUUCAACACUGUCAACUGUGGAGAAAAUAUUGAGGAGUGGAGAAGGAGGUACAAAACUUUUCAGGGUCCGUACAGCAAGGAAAUGAUUGAGGACCUGCUGCUGGUGUCCAGUCUGAAUGUGAAGAACAACAAGGAGAAGAUCCUCAAUGAGAUCAAGGCAGUGUGUGCAUGCUGAUGCUUCAGAUGCUGAUUCUUCAUCGACUUCUUUUCAAAUCAUUUUUAAAUUAGUCAGCAUUUUAUUCUUUUCUAAUCAGAAAAACCUUUAUAACCAUAUAUAUCAUUAAAUGUAAUUAAUCUCUAGCUUUCAGAUCAUGAGACAACAUUCUAAUCAAAUUUCUUCGAUUCAUUAUUUUGCAUCUAAGUCAAAACCUUAGUUUCAUUUGAUUCCUAAAAAGUUAUGUAUCCAUCUAUCCACUUUCAGUAACUGUUCAUCUCAUACAGAUCUGGAGCUUAUUGUGACCAACGUAGAGCAUAAGGUGGAUGGAUGGAACUCAUGGAAUUGCAGGGUGAUCACACACUCAGUCUGCCACACAGAUACACAAACUUUGGGCAAUUUAGAGCCACUAGUUCAUCUGAUACACAUUUAUUUGGUGCUUAGAUCGUGAUCAGGACAAGCAGUUUUUGGAAAUGGAUGGAUGGAUGGAUGGAUGGAUGGAUGGAUGGAAUAUGGGUGGAACCUGGAGCACUCAGGGCCCAGGACCUGUAAGGGGAAAGCACUGAAUUCUAACUAGAUCAAGCUGUAUCUUUCUAAGUUUGGCAACAGGUAAAUCUUUUGCAUUUUAUUCUAACAAAACAUGUUAUAAAUCAACAAUUAAAACAGUGAUUUGCUAGUGAUUCGCUGUUGUCUUCCUGUGCUUUUUGAGUUCUCUGCUGAGCAAUGAAUAUUUUGUACUAUU